GAGGACGCUCCCACAUCCCCACCGGCCAGUACGGAGACGACGUCCGACCAACCGCCACCGCCGCCGCCGCCGCGGCAAGAAGAGCAACAGGAACAACAGCAGCAGCAGCAGCAGCAACAACAACAACAAAAUAAACUGGAGCUGCAACGAAAGCGACAGGAACAACAGCAGCGACAACUCCGCAAAAAGUUUUCAGACAGUCGGGAGAAGUACUGUGAAAUCAAGGCAGCGGUAGAUGUGAAGAUAAAUAUGCUCCACGAGAACCGGGACUGUGUUGGAGGUCUUAAUGUUUUCGGACUGUUUCUUCCUGAUACUGGCGUACACUGUAGCAUGGCUUAUAUCGACACUGCUGAGCUUCAUGCACCAAGCACGUAUGAGGGGUGCUUCGGGCUUUCGGUGCAGUGGCGCGUUUUAGGAUUUACGUUGGGCUUCGAGGCUACUGCGUGUGCUUAUGUUCUGUUCAUCGCAAGUGACAAGAACUACCACUGA